GAAGCAGGAAUCCCAGGUAUACUAGUUGGAGUUUCUGUAGAUGGAAAGGAAGUCUGGUCAGAAGGUUUGGGUUAUGCUGAUGUAGAGAAUCGUGUAGUAUGUAAGCCAGAGACGAUCAUGCGAAUUGCUAGUAUUAGCAAGUGUCUUACAAUGAUGGCUGUUGCUAAAUUGUGGGAAGAGGGGAAACUGGAUUUAGAUGCUCCAGUGCAGAAAUACGUCCCUGAAUUUCCAGAAAAAGUCUACGAGGGUGAAAAGGUUGCUAUUACUACAAGACUGUUAGUUUCACACUUGAGUGGGAUUCGUCACUAUGAAAAAGAUAUUACAAAAGUGAAGGAAGAAAAGGAAAAGGCAAACAGAGCAUUUAAACUAACAAAACCCUAUCAGGAUAAAGAACAAAAAGAAAAAGAAGAAAAAGGCGUUGAAAAGACUGAUUCUGUCAAACCGAGGAAAGAACAUGAAGGUGAGGUAAAAAGCCGAAAUUCAAAACCUGGCAGGAGAGACAAGGAAUUUGAGCAAGAAGAGUAUUAUUUGAAGGAAAAAUUUGAAAGUGUGAUUGAAUCACUGAAGAUAUUUAAAAAUGAUCCUUUAUUCUUUAAACCAGGUAGUCAGUUCUUGUAUUCAACAUACGGCUUUACUCUCUUAAGCGCUGUUGUGGAGAGAGUUUCAGGACAAAAAUUUACAGAUUAUAUGCUAAAAAUGUUUCGUGAUUUGGAUAUGCUAUCAACUGUACUAGAUGAUAAUGAAGCAAUGAUAUAUAACAGAGCAAGGUGUUAUGUUUACAACAAAAAGGGACGGCUGGUAAACGCACCGUAUGUGGACAACUCUUACAAGUGGGCUGGUGGUGGCUUUCUGUCGUCAGUAGGUGACCUUCUGAAAUUUGGAAAUGCCUUGUUAUACAGUUAUCAGGCCGGACAAUUUAAAAAUACUAAUGGCAAACUUCUUCCUGGGUACCUCAAAACAGACACAGUCGCAAUGAUGUGGACCCCAGUGCCAAAAACAGAAGUAUCAUGGGACAGGGAUGGUAAAUACGCAAUGGCUUGGGCUGUAGUAGAGAAAAAACAACAAUAUGGCUGUUGCAGACAGCAGAGGCACUAUGCAUCUCACACGGGUGGUGCAGUGGGGGCAAGUAGUGUCCUCCUAAUUCUUCCUGAAGAGCUGGACUCUGAAGCUAUAGAUACUGGGCUAGUGGCACCACCUAGAGGAGUAAUUGUUAGUAUUAUCUGUAAUAUGCAAUCAGUUUCACUCAACAGCACUGCCUUAAAGAUUGCAAGGGAAUUUGAUAAAGAAAAAUGGGCGCAAUAUAUGGAUUAAAAAAAGAGAUACGUGUAACUGAACUCACUGUACUGAAACAUGAAAAACAAAUGGAGAAGGGUGUAAUUGGACUCCGAGAUCACUAAGAAUACGUGAAGAAAAAGCAUCAAAAAUUCACUUAAUUAACUUCUGCUAGUGGUGCUAAACUUACGUGUAACUGGAAUUCAUCUCUCAGGGAAGUUCCUAACUUACAGAAAAGGAGAAUGUAACAGUCAAAUUUGACUUCCUGUAGUACCUGUGUAAAUUAUCGUUAUAUUAGCAGGUUUUUUCCUCAUCCAGUCAAGCACUUGACCAAGAUUAAAAAAACUUGUAUUGGUUUCCUGCACUGAGAAGGACAACAACAAAUUGUCUACCUUAAAUGUUAAACUUCUGAAAAAUUUCACAUCUUGAUUUGAGCACACAAAGAUGUAAUUCAUUAUUCUCACAGUUCUAGUCUGCCAAAACUGUUCAGUAUUACUUUUUAAAGAAAAAUGGUUUUACUGUUGAUUUCUGUUUUUUCACAUAGUGCUUAUUUGCUUAAAAAGCAAAAAAAACCAACAAAACCCAAAUCUUCAAAGCUACCUCCAGAAUGCAGAUUUAUACCAGACGUACGCUUUUGUCAGAGCUGUGGAUUGUUAAGAAUUAGAAAAGAAUGAUGCUAGAGUAAUGCAAGUAAAAAUCUUUGUUAUUUAGAUGUCUCUCUUCCAUUUUUAUUGGACACAGAGAAUGUGUGAAACUAGUUUACUGUGAAAAAAGGGUAUUAUUUCCACAGUCAAAUAUGCCCGAAUAGCACAACAUGGUAAGCUGUCAAACUGUCUCAUUGUUUUUGAAUGAUACACAUGCUAACUUUGGUAGCCAGAAAUGGCACUGUAUUCUGUAAUGUAGAUAUUCCUUCAGAUGUUGGAAUUAGGAACUCGAAUAACUCCAUAAAAUUUAAAGCCCAUUCUUGAAGCCAGUAGUAGAAGUCUCACAGACUUUGAGAGGUUUUUUUUGAAAACCAUCCUUUUUUCCAUUUGGAGACCUGCCUCAAGGAGUUACUUUUGCACAAGGUUGAACAAGAAAUUGUGAUAGAGUUCCAAAGAAGCAUUUUCUAAUCUUCAAUUUUACUAUAGGAAUACAGUAACAUCUGAAUAUGUUAAUUUUAUAUAUUCCAUGAUGUCAUGGAAGAUCUCCAAGAUCUAACCACACCCCAUGUGCCCUGCAGUUAUAUCAGACUAUUUCCAGGCUGAGGCAAAACAAAAUAUCCUUCAGGAAAGGUUUGAAUACUUACGUCCCUGCACUGUUUAGCAGCUCUGCUUCUCUGAAUUUAAGGAGCAAAAUGUCUUAGAUAACAGCUGGCAGAAGAUAGCCUUACCUGCCUCUUUCCCAAGUUAGUGCUUUUUGUAUUAACUUCAUAGUUGUUACCUGCCCUGUGAUGAAAAACAUACUAUCAUCUCUGUUCCCAGUAUGCCUAUGAUUGAUAACAACAUUUACUACCUAAGACUGACAAACCAGGAAAUUUAAUAUCUUGAAGUGUCGGUGUUUUACCUACAUUUUUAAUUGAAGCUAGUAGGACUGGUUUAGUACUCUUCAUAAUUACAACCAUUCUUGUGCCUUAGAACAGUAAAAGCUUACACCUAAAUUAUUUGCUUGGGUUUUCUGGCCCACUCACCAAAACUUCACUGUUUUAUUCAUUAAUAAUGGGUUGUCUUUAUCUCAAGAAUAUCAAAUCAGUAGAGACAAGAGAGAGAACCUUUCUGAACAAACUUUCAUUUGGUCAGGCAAUAAAUUACCUACUCUUCCACUGAAGUCUUUGAAAUUGUUUGACAGUUCCAAUACGUAAGUACUGGACGUGAGCGUCUUCUACAAUAGCAACAUUUUUUUUUUUCCCCAGUCUUGAGCACCUGCUAGCUGAGUAAACAUUGAGCAGCAGAAGUCAUUGCCUGUUUUACACAGGGAACAAGAGUAAGUAGUUCUGAGUUGUUUUCAUGUUGAAGAAUACAUGAAUAGAAAUAGACUGAAUACAAUGUUUUAAAUAUAGAAAAAUCUGAAAAGUACGCUGUUAUUUUAGGAUUUAUAACAUACUUUUCUUGUAUGAUGCAUCUGUUUUGCAAAUGGUAUUUAUUGUUCUUGAAAACCAUUUUGCAUAUUUGAGAGAAAACAAGUUUCACUCACUGACCAUUGUGUUUGGGUUUAGACAAAGAUUCAGAAUGUAGAAGGUGUAGGUUUACCUUUAUGCUUGUCUGCAUAUGUCCAACCACUAAUAAAUGGAAAUAUUUGAAGUACGUAUGAAAGUGAAUAAUGGUAAGAAGUGUCUAAGGCAUUUUUAACACCAAGUUAUUAAUGACAGUGUCUCACUCCCCUCAUAGAAUAUGUUUAGCCACCAACUUUUUAUAUGCGUACCAUGUUCUUUUUACUGUAUCCCCUGCAAUGUAAGGCUUUUAAAAAAACCUCUGUUGUCACAUGUACGGUAUUGGAGAUGCUACGAUGUCUAAAUUUCAUCUUCUAGUACCUGGAACAAAAUGGGUCACUGACUUUCUCUGAUUUGGUAUUUGCUUAAUCAUGAGUUCUUAUCUCUUAGGGUGGAGGAGAAGAAGGCAGAGAUAUGGGAGACUAGGAAUCAGUCUGGCCUUAGCAUGUGUAUUCAGGUCACAAGUGAAUUAAUACUGCUACUUUGAUCUUUGUUCUGCAACCAGUUAUUUGAUGGACUGGCAUUAAGUGUGGGAAACUGGUCAAUUAAGAGCAGCUUUCAUGAUAAACUUGCUCUUAAAUUAACCUUUAUUGUGAAAACACAGUAUGGCACUGACAUAAAACUGUACUUUUCUUAAAAGGCAUGUAUACUAAAUUGGUGCAUCUAUUUCUGUAUCAAACACCUACUUUUUGCAUCUGGUAAUUGUAAGUGUUCACAGUUUGAAUUAACUGAAAUAAAACUUAUCUUGCAAAUGCAACAAAUUGUAAUACCAGAUUUGGGGGUUUUUUUAUUGACUAGAAACAUACAAGUUUUAAAAGUCAUAAAAAGAAUACAGGUUAAAUAGAAAUUACCAACAAUAAUUAGCUUACCAAUACACCUGAUACUUUGAAAGAGAUGUUGAUACGUAACUUGAGAUAUUAUUUAGUAAAAUAAGAUACAUGUAAGACUUUGUUUGAAUGUUUUCUCACGGUUUAAAAAAAAAAAAAAUCCACUUCUUAACAGCCAUUUAGAAAGGGAUGGCUUUUAAAAACUAGCUAAAAACCUGUUUCCUCAUUGCAAAAAGGUAAUUAUUUAAUGUCAGUAUUUAAUACUGAAAAUAUGCAUGGUUUUGCUGUACUAGUUUUGUUUUUUUUAAUGACUGGAUACUAUUCACAGCUGUUAGUGUAGUUUGCUGACUUACUGUUGCUUACAUACUAUAUACUUUCUAUACUGAAUGCUUUCAGUGUUUUGCAAAAGACUAUUUUUCUUUUUUUAAAUAGAUAUCUCAUUAUAGAAUACGAAAUGCAGUUUCAAGACCAGAUUAGAGGGAGGGAAAACACAUGCAUUACA